AUGAACGCGAUCGGCACGGCGCGGAUGGAUGGAGAAACGACGCGGCGCGAGGGAAGAAUGGAACGCGUGGGGGCGAGACGCUUCGCGGGAUUCGGUGGGGUGUCGUUUGGAUACGACGUCGCGGUCGUGGGCGGGGCCCUGGGGGCGCUUGCGAAGGAUUUGAAUAUGAAUUCGGGGGAGCGCGGCGCGGCGGUGGGCGCGGCGAAAUUCGGCGCGGCGAUGGGGGCGUUCGGUGGUGCGGCGGCGAUGCGAUGCUUUGGACGGACGAGAGCGGCGGUGAUGAUUGUUGGGACGUGCUCGACGGUGGGCGCGAUCGCGUGCUGGGCGUUUGUGGAGGCGAGCCGUAGCGUCGCGGGCUUCGCGCUCGGGAGGAUCGUUCUGGGCGUUCCCGUCGGCGCGUUAGCGGUGAUCGUCCCCGCGUACACGGGUGAGAGCGUCGACGCGUCGUCGCGAGGAGCGGUGGGAGCUAGUUAUGAGCUCUCGGUGUGCGCGGGGAUGAUUUUGGCGAACGCGUUGACGUGGUUUAAGCCGUCGAAAUCGCUCGGUUUGGUGCUCGUUUCGCCCAUCGUGUUAGGAUUCUGGUCAUCCAUCGCUUUUGCGACGUGUCCAGAGAGCGCGCGAUGGUUACUCGGUAGGGGCGACGUUGAGGGCGCCAGAGAUGCGCUUCGCGCGAGCGGACGAGACGAAAACGCGGUGGACGCGGAGAUGGAGACCCUUCAAGCCGAGGUCAACGAUAUCGACGACGCAGGAUUCAGGAAAUCUCUCGUCGAUUCCGUCGUCGGGGGGAUGCGAGAAGCGAUGGAGGGAGAGGAAUACAGAGCUGUCAGAAUAGCCUUGGCGCUCGCGCUGUUCAAUCAGUUGAACGCGUCGACGUCCAUAAUCAACUACUCUCCUCGGGUGUUGCGGAACAUCGUACAGGCGAAGGGCGGGACGACGAGUCCGAGCGGUGAAUUCGACGCAUUUAACCUUUACACCGGGUUGAUCGUUCUGUGUAAGACCGCGGGCGUCGCGGCAUCGAUCCUCUACGUCGAUAAGUUUGGUCGUCGGCCGCUUUUGAUCUUAGGAAGCGUCGCGGCGGGCUCAGGUUUAACGUUCGCGUGCUUUGGAUACGCGGUGAACAGUUUCGCCGUCACUCUCGUUGGGAUGUGUGCGUUCAUCUUGGCUUAUUCGGUGUCUUUUGCGUCCGUGUUUUGGGUUCUCGUGAGUGAAUUUUUCUCGAUGAGGACGAAGAGCGCCUGCACGGCGCUCGUCACGGCUACCCUCUUCGUCUCGGGCGCGCUCAGCGAUCUUAUAUUUCCAGUACUACUCGCGUCCACCGGGGCGUUCACUUUCGCGGUGUACGCGAUCAUGUGUUUCGCCUCCGCGCUCUUCGUCCACGUAUACGUUCCCGAAACGGCGAGGUUGUCCCUUCGGGAGGUGCAGGCGCUUCUCGGACGCAAGCCGUCCGAGUACGCGCGCGUGGAGUUGGGACAAAUGUACUAA